UAAUUUCUCUUGACCUGAGCAUUGCUCAGGUUUAUGAGCAAGUCUGGAAGAAGUCAAACAGUUAAUCUUCAAAUUCUCUGUCUAGCUCUUCGCUUUUAUCCUCUGGUGCUGUUACAUCGAGUAGAGAAUGCUCGCCCAUGAUAGUGACAUACCGACUUCAGGGUUUAGAUGGUGAAGCUACUGAGCCUAUGAUAAAAGAACUGGAGGAAGAUAGAGUAGAAUCACAAGAUCCUGAGGUUGAGUUUGCAAUAGAUGGUGCAGUCCGUGAGUAUGAUGGGCUGGAAAUCUUGUUGCGCAUGAUUCUGCGUUUGCGAGAUGAUUUCAAGUCCAACCAGGAGCAGUUGGUUGCUGUUCUCAAUCUCCUCAUGCACUGCUACAAGAUUAGAGAGAAUAGGAGGGCCUUAUUAAGGCUUGGAGCUUUAGGUCUACUGCUUGAAACAGCAAGACGUGCAUUCUCGGUCGAUGCCAUGGAGCCAGCUGAAGGGAUUCUUUUGAUUGUAGAGUCUGACAAUGGAAGCAAAUGAAAGCGAUAAUAUUAGUAUUUCACAGUGUGUUCUUACGGUCACCAGUGAGAAAACUGGCACUGGGGGCCAAGCAAAGAAAAUAGUUCUUAUGUUCCCGGAGAGACUGUCUCAUCCUUCAGGUCAUAAGAAAUCAAACAGAGGAACACUGAGAUGGUCGCAAUAAUAUUACCCUACUUGACUUAUGGUGAACCUGAUGCUAUGGAAGCUCUUACCCAACAUUUUAACCCUACUUGCAAGACUGGGGAGAAUUCGACUGAUUGCAGAAACAGCAUCAAGACAAUCCUAAAGAUGAAACCAUUGCCCUGCAAGCAGCCAAGCAGAGGUUUACUGUGGAAAAUUUUGUUAUGGUUUCAGAAUCUCUGAAAACAAGUUCCUGUGGGGAGAGAUUGAAGGAUACUAUCCUAGAGAAGGACAUUACAGGUGUAGCUGUCAGACAUUUGAGUGUGAGUUUUGCAAUUGCAGGGCAGGCUGGCUUUAAAGCUAGUUCAGAAUGGGCAUUAGCUUUGAAACUGCCAUCUGUCCCACUUGUGUUUCAAUGCUCAGGGGCUUAUCAAUGGGGCACUUUUCCACUCUAAGGUGCAUUGAUGAGGGUGGAAUCUUGCCCUUACUCCAUGCUUUGGAAGGUGUGUCUGGAGAAAAUGAGAUUGGACCUAAAGCGGAGAAUUUGUUGGACAGACUAUCGGAAAAUGAAGGCAAAGGAGAUGGA